AUGCCACCAAAGACGCCCAACCUGAAAGGAGCCGAACCCCCUGGGGACACCCAGGCCGAGGCGAAGGAACGGAGACAAGCAAUCAACACCAUUAUCGCGAACUGGGGCCAGGCUUUCUCCACCAUGCGCAACUGGAUGCACGUAGACACUUGGCUCCAGGGUAACACAGAGAGGAUGACAGAGUUCACCUGCGACAUGACGACAAUACGCGCAUUCCGAGAUUUGUCAAUCAAUCAUCCGAACCAAGGCCAAGAGGUCAAAGACCAAAUCGAGCAGUAUUAUAUUUUGAGAUACCACACCAAAAGCGCAGGACCCAUAGGGAGUACAAAAGCGGAAAAGAUGACUUACAUCUGCCAGGAUUUGCAGAAACUAGUCGCAGGCGCCUUCAUAGACCAAGCGAAGUUCAAAGUCAACAACACGAAGAAGAGACCAGCAGCGGGAAAGGGGGCUGGGAAGAAACCGGCGGCCAGGAAGAGGGCAAAGAAGAACAAUACUACCGCCACCAUUGGAGACGAAGAUGAAGAUGACACGAUCACAUCCGAGGUAGAGGAAGAAGACACGGUCGUUCCCGAAUCAGACGAAGCAGAAGACGAUGAGCCUCGUUUAGCACCCAAUCCUAAGCCUGCAGCCAAGCCAGCAAACAAUGGAGAGGCAAAUGAGUUCAGACGAAGACUAAGAUCGCACGGAAAGGACGAAGUAGAGAAGGGAGCACAGCAGACGGAAAGGGAAAAGAGCAACGCAAGCGAAGCAGACGAUGACGACACUUCAAGUAUCUUUAGCGAACCACCCGAAGCCGAAACGAUACAUACGUCCGACGACAAAGAUAAGGCACUUGCCCUCAUAUACACAAACUGGCAGAUCGUUUCCCUCCACCUCGACUUCCCAGCCAUGCUACGUGGAGCCGAUCUGGAUGCCCCAGAGGAUACUGGUAUUGAAGAUGUGAUCGUCGAGCUCCUUCGCGACUUGUCCGAACGUUUUCCUACCAAGCGACAAGGCAAGAAGAUCAGCGAGGAACUGGAGAUGCGCUGCAAGAGGAUGAAACGAUACAAUCUCAAGGCGGUUUAUCAAGCCAUCACUGCUACUGCUAGGAGCUACCGCUGGGCAUCGGUAUCGGAGGACUCGCUUGGACUAUCAGCCGAUGAGGGUGUUAACGAUGAGCAAGGCCCUCCGCCCGAGGUAGCGCGACCAGAGGUGGCGGCGCGACCGGCGGCACGACCGAACGGUCAGCGCUGUUACACCGCACGGAGUAAUGAAGCAUCAGAUGAAAUGCAGGCAGCCUGGGAUACAGUGGUAGUUGCUGAAGCGGCGGUCAGAGUAGCGCAAGACAAGCGUACUCGCGCUGCUUUCCAGGGCGAGAAUGCAUACCAACAAGCAACUCGCCAGUUGAGAGUCUCUGAGGCGCAACUUCGGGCUGCUGAGGAAUGUGCGCUGGCGAGAAGUCUUGGAAGACCGCAGAGAGUGGGUGAGAUGGUUGGGCCGGGGGAGGAGGAGCGCACGCAGAGGCGGAGUGGUGAUGGCGGAGGUGUAGAAGGACAAGAGCAGAAUCGGGAAGGGGGAGCUGGGGAGGGUGGAGAUGACGAAGUGGACGUCAGGGUAGGAGCGGGAAAUGGAGAAAGUGACGAGAACGGAGGGGCAGCCUAG